AUAUUAAUGCAACUACAGAGAUUUAGGUGUUUUAUAGUUACUCGUAGAAUUGCUUUUGAAACUAACUCGGUUCGUUUGCUAUGAAAGAUUAUUUAUGUAUCGUUUUACAUACAGCAUGCGGCGGCGAUGAUAACGCCAUACGAGGAUGUGGCACUUAUUGCAACCAAAGGUGUUCUGACGUGGGUAAACCACCAAAAAUUUGCCCCCCAGGUUGCAUAUACAAUGGUUGCAAAUGCAAGGAUGGUUACUUUUAUGAUUCUAAUAUCAAAAAAUGCGUUAAGAAAGAGGACUGCACACCUAUUUGCGGUCUUCAUGAACAAUUCAGCUCUUGCAUCAAUGGAGGAUGCGAUCCACGAAACUGCAGUCAACUUGGCAAACCGGUGCCCUGCAUAAAAAUUGACCCCAAAUAUUGCAUCAAGGGAUGCGUUUGCGUAAAGGGCUACUUGAGAGCCAAAAACGGAACUUGUGUGCCAGAGAAUCAAUGCAAUGUGAACCCCCCAAUAUGCCCUAAAAACGAAGAAUACUCCAAUUGCAGCAGUUGUAUGGUGAGACGAUGCUCUGAAUUGGGUUACCCAUUAAACUGUGAUAAGUGCAAGCCAGGAUGCAUCUGCAAAGGCGGCUUACUACGAGCUGAUGAUGGUACCUGCAUCCCAUCAGGCGAUUGUCCAUCAUGUGGUGGCGAUGACAACGCCGAACAAGGUUGUGGUAGUUAUUGCAACCAAAAGUGUUCUGACGUUGGUAAACCACCAGGACUUUGCCCUAUUGGAUGCAUAUACAAUGGCUGUAAAUGCAAGGAUGGUUACUUUUAUGAUUCGAAUAUCAAAAAAUGCGUCAGGCCAAAGGAUUGCACACCCACAUGUGGAAUUAACGAGGUACUGAGCUCUUGCAUCAACGGAUAUUGCGGCCACAGAAAUUGUAGCGAACUCGGCGGACCAAUAUUAUGUGUGGACCCACCUCCUGGCGGGUGUAUCAAGGGCUGCGUCUGCGCCGAUGGAUAUCUGCGAGCUGAUAAUGGAACUUGUGUCCCUAAGGACCAGUGUGGUUGUGGCGGCGAUCCUAACGCAGAGAAAGGAUGUGGAUAUCAUUGUGGAAAUACUUGUACUACUUAUUCGGUUAUACGUCCCAUUUGCCCACGCAUACCUUGCAAACCUAAUGGUUGCGAGUGUAAAAAGGGCUUCGUGUAUGACAUAAAUCUAAAGCAAUGCGUCUUACCAAAGGAUUGCACACCUAUGUGUGGUCUUCACGAACAAUUCAGCUCUUGCAUAAACGGAGGAUGUGGUCACAGAAACUGCAGUCAGAUUGGACAACCAGUAAUAUGUAUAGACCCGAUCCCAAGCGCUUGUAUCAAGGGGUGCAUCUGCGUUAAAGGUUAUCUGCGGGAUGGCAAAGGAAAAUGUGUUCCUGAAAAAGAAUGCCCCUCAAAAUGCGGGCUAAACGAGGUAUACGACGAAUGCCCCGCGCCCUGCCCACCCAAGAAGUGCAACGUCAACGAAGCGCUUAUCAGAUGCAAGGCACCGCCGAAGCCGGGCGACCCUGAGUGCAAACCGGGAUGCCGGUGUGCUGACAACUAUUACAGAAACGCUACAGGAACUUGUGUGCUGAAGAAAAAUUGCGAAAAACCACUGUCGUGUCCAUACAACGAACAGUAUGAUCCUUGUCCUGCAAUCUGCCCUCCUCAAGAAUGUGGCAUUGACCCCGCUGUGAUUCUCUGCAUGCGAAACCCAGAAUAUGGUGAUCCUAGAUGUAAGCCAGGCUGUGUGUGCAAGGACGGAGAGGUACGGAAUGAUGCCAAACAAUGUGUCCCCAAGGAUAAAUGCCCAAAAAAAUGCGGUAAAAACGAGCACUAUGAGCAAUGCUACUAUAACUGCGGCGGCAACCAGACUUGCGACGACAUCGGCAAAAAAUGGAAUUGCCCCGCGAAACCGAAGUGCUUGAGCGGUUGCAGGUGCGACGACGGAUACUGGAGGGACAAGAACGGCAGGUGCAUACCGGAAGAUCAGUGUCCAAAAAAAUGCGGUAAAAACGAGCACUAUGAGCAAUGCUACUAUAACUGCGUUGGCAACCAGACUUGCGACGACAUCGGCAAGAAAUGGAGUUGCCCCGCGAAACCGAAGUGCCUGAGCGGUUGCAGGUGCGACAAGGGAUACUGGAGGGACAAGUACGGCAGGUGCAUACCGGAAAAUCAGUGUCCAAAACAAUGUGGUAAAAACGAGCACUGGGACACAUGCUACCUCAACUGCGGCGUCGGUCAGAGUUGUGAGGAUAUCGGGAAGAACUGGACCUGCCCCGAUCAGCCGCAAUGCCAGGUCGGCUGCAGGUGCGACGUAGGAUACUGGAGGAAUAAGAAAGGGAUAUGCAUUCCGGAAAAGGAAUGCCCAAUACAACGCUGCGGCAAGAACGAAUAUUGGGAGCCUUGUAUUCCAGACUGCCGCAACCAGUCAUGCAACUUGUUGGGUAAACCGCCAGGGAGCUGCCCUGGUCGGAGAGUAGGGCAGUGCAACAGUGGUUGCAGGUGCUUGCCCAAACAUUACAGGGAUUGGACUGGCACUUGUAUUCCAGAGAGCGAAUGUCCCACAUGUGAACAAUGGAACGAAGACUGGGUGCACUGCAUUCAAGACUGUGCGAAGCAAACUUGCGAAGAACUAAUCACGGGAAAAGUGAACCAGUGCCCCGAGAAACCAGGAGGCAUAUGCCCCGGCGGUUCUGGGUGCCGAUGCAGGCAGGGUGCAUACAGGAAUGCAUCUAAUAUUUGCGUGCCGAGAGAAGAAUGCCCAAAACAAUGCGGUACAAACGAGCACUAUGAGCAAUGCUACUAUAACUGCGGCGGCAACCAGACUUGCGACGACAUCGGCAAGAAAUGGAGUUGCCCCGCGAAACCGAAGUGCCUGAGCGGUUGCAGGUGCGACAAGGGAUACUGGAGGGACAAGUACCACAGGUGCAUACCGGAAAAUCAGUGUCCAAAACAAUGUGGUAAAAACGAGCACUGGGUCACAUGCUACCGCAACUGCGGCGUCGGUCAGAGUUGUGAGGAUGUCGGGAAGAACUGGACCUGCUCCGAUCAGCCGCAAUGCCAGUUCGGCUGCAGGUGCGACAUAGGAUACUGGAGGAAUAAGAAAGGGAUAUGCAUUCCGGAAAAGGAAUGCCCAAUACAACGCUGCGGCAAGAACGAAUAUUGGGAGCCUUGUAUUCAAGACUGCCGCAACCAGUCAUGCAACUUGUUGGGUAAACCGGCGGGGAGCUGCCCUGCUCGGAGAGUAGGGCAGUGCAACAGUGGUUGCAGGUGCUUGCCCAAACAUUACAGGGAUUGGACUGGCACUUGUAUUCCAGAGAGCGAAUGUCCCAGAUGUGAACAAUGGAACGAAGACUGGGUGCACUGCAUUCAAGACUGUGCGAAGCAAACUUGCGAAGAACUAAUCACGGGAAAAGUGAACCAGUGCCCCAAGAAACCAGGAGGCAUAUGCCCCGGCGGUUCUGGGUGCCGAUGCAGGCAGGGUGCAUACAGGAAUGCAUCUAAUAUUUGCGUGACGAAAGAAAAUUGCCCCCCAGGAAAGUGUCCACCUGGCGAAGUAUGGAACUGGUGUCCAGCCGUCAAAUGCGAAGCGGACUACUGUGCAAAGAGUAAAGACUCGCCGACAAGAUGCCCGAUUGGGAUAGUCUGUGAUCCGCCCAGAUGCGAGUGCGAGAAAAAUAAAAAGAGAGACAGGAAGACAGGAAAAUGUAUACGGAUUGCUGAUUGUCCACCAUUCCCAUGUCCUCACAAUGAAGAGUACAAAGUAUGUCCGCCGCCGUGCCCCGGAGAGACCUGUUCUGAGUACAUCACAGGGCCCCCAGGGGGACACUGCCCGCAGAACAAGCCUGGGUACAUAUGCACACCACAGUGCAGAUGUUUGAAAGGAUAUUCUAGAAACGACAAAGGCACUUGCAUACCGAGUAAAAACUGCCCUAAUACUUCAAUAACUACUACGGCACCUCCUACGAAUACUUCUGGAACUAGGACUGGUGACAGAGGCUCUGGAUUGUCAGGCGUGCUUGAUGGCAUCACAGCUUUUACUGGAAAAUGUCUAUAUGAUCGCAUGCAAUCGUCACCUAGCGAGAACAUCAUAAUGUCAGCAAUGUCGGUGUUCACUCCGAUAGCCGAGCUUUGUCUGUACACGGAGGACGGUCCCGCCUUUGAUCAGUGCAUUAAAAUACUUAACUUGAAGGACAAAAAAGAUAUCCGAGAUACCUUUGCCAAUUUCUCCUCCUUAUACGAAGGUGUGACCAGUGUUAACUUUUCCACUGCCGCCAAAGUGUAUUCCAAUGAGAAAUACGAGCUGAGCGCUGGUUUCAUAAAAGAUGCCAUUGAAGUCUUCCACGCCGCAGCACAAAAUCUUGAUUUUAGCAAAAACGUUGAAGCAGCAGCUAUAAUGAAUGCCUGGGUUGAGAGUCAAACUAACAAUCGUAUUAAGAAUUUAGUUACACCAGAUAUGAUAAGUGCAUUAACAAGACUUGUACUCAUCAAUGCUAUUUACUUCAAGGGUAAUUGGCUUUACAGAUUUAACGAAACUAAUACGAAAGAAGAAGAUUUCUAUCUAAGUGAUGGUUCAACUGCGAAAGUAAAGUUGAUGUAUCAAGAGAUUAAUGAUCUUGAGUAUGGAGAAGUUCCUUCCUUAGACUGCAAGGUGGUUCGAAUCCUGUACACAGGCAAAGAAAGCUCCGCGAUCAUUAUUUUGCCAAACAGCAUUAACGGCACAAUGCAAUUGGCGAAAGACCUGCAAAAUACAGCAAAUUGGAAAAAAGUCAUAGAUAGCCUUUAUCCUCAAAAAGUGAAACUGUAUUUACCAAAGUUUGUCAUGAGUACAACUACAGACUUAAAGGUUUUGUUACAGAAGGCUAAUAUUACCCAUUGGUUUGAUUGUGCAAACUCUGGGCUAUCGGGAAUUUUGGCCAAACCAGAAGAUAUCUGCAUUUCUGCAGCCAGGCAAAAAGCGUGGUGCGAAUUUAGUGAAGUAGGAACAGAGGCUGCGGCAGCUAAUGUUAUAUUAGGUCCUGGUAGUCCACCAAGUCCAAUAGCUCAACCGGUCUUUAAAGCUAACCGUAGCUUCCUGUUUUAUAUUGUACUAAAGAGUGCCAACGAUAUGCCUAUUUUCUGUGGAAAAUACGGAAAUCCUAAUUGAGUAAGAACAAAUAAAUAAAUACAUAGCCAAAAUCAAUCAUAUUACCUACUGUGAUAAUGUGACUAAAGUUUAAAGCUUAACCAUUUCAUUUUUUACCUAUUUAAAAUUGAUCUAAGUGUCCAACCUAGUUACAAUUUAAGUUGUCGGCCUGAACAAAUUUGAAGGCCAAUCCUUUAUAAUCCUUUAUAAUCUUACCCGUCAAGCGAGCUUAGUAUUUGAAGAUGUUAUCAUUUCUUUUUGAAUAGUUUUUAUUACAUAAUUAUUAAUUACAACACAAUUAAGUCGGUGGCACAAUAAAAAACAAUAAAUAUAAAUCUAUAAAUAAAACAAAACUUAAGCAAUUUUUAUUUAAAUAUUAUGUUCUCAACCCAAUUAACUAUAUAUGAUUGAUAGCUAGAACCUUUCGUAAAGCGAGGAAGCUGCCUUUCCUUCAGUACAUAACAAUAGUUUCUUUGUCAAUUUUCCUUAGUUUGGAUAUUUUCACAUACUAAGUCCAAAUAUGUAUAUAUAUAUAUAUAUGUAUAUUGUAUAUAGAAAUAUAUCAGAAAAUAAGUAAAAAAGACGACCUAGUAGUUAUUGUGGUAAUUGAACAUUUUCAGCUGGCGGUGGAAGGCCACCACCCCCAGCUCCGCCAGCCCUACCAAAGGAGUUCAGAGCAGAUCACUCUUUCCUUUACUACAUCUAUAUUCGUUCUGUACCUGUGUUCAGUGGAGCACUUCGUCGUUAAGGUCAAAUAUAAAAGCUUUAUACGUGAGCUUCAUAACUGCUGGUUAUAGACAUCAAUAUUGCAGUAUUUUGUAACUAUAUGUUUUAAUUAUUUGAGCAUAAAAUAUAAAUCAAUUCCAUAACUGUUUUCCUUAGUGACAAUGUGGUUGCAUUUUGCCAUUUCCUCAGGCAAUAAUUGAAAUUAUCUUUUUUUUAAUUGGUACUUUUUUAACUAGCCUGUUAUGGUGUCCCACUGCUGGGCAAAGGCCUCUCCCCAAGUCUUCCACAACCCCGACUUUAGUGCCUCUUCCGGCCAGUCGUUGAGAAACAUAUCCAGGUCGUCCCGCAAUCUCCGUCUGGGCCUGCCGCGUCCGCGCCCUUCUGGUGGUAUCCACUUGGUAGCUACACUCCAUUGGUACUAUUAUCCAUUUAUAAUAAAUAAAACAAAAUUAAAUUAAUACUUGUAGUAGAAAUAAGUAUACCGAAACCUAAUACAAAUAUUAAUUUAGCGAGGAAAUUCAUCGACAUUUCUCCGCUGAGCUGUUACUUUGACCUUAGUCUCAUUUGAAAUACUAAAAUAUUUAUUACCUGAGGUGUACAACAAAUCAAUUUGAUACCAAAAUAUUAAUUGCUUAUCGUAAAAAAAAGAGAAAAAACCGGGCAAGUGCGAGUCGGACUCGCGCACGAAGGGUUCCGUACCAUUUAUGACGUAUUAAAAAAACUACUUACUAGAUCUCGUUCAAACCAAUUUUCGGUGGAAGUUUGCAUGGUAAUAUAUAUCUUAUUUUUUUUUAGAUUUUUCAUUCUGUUAUUUUAGAAGUUACAGGGGGGGGGACACACUUUUUUUUCACUUUGGAAAUGUCUCUCGCGCAAACUAUUCAGUUUAGAAAAAAAUGAUAUUAGAAACCUACAUAUCAUUUUUGAAGACCUAUCCAUAGAUACCCCACGCGUAUGGGUUUGAUGAAAAAAAAAUUAUUUUUUUAUUUUAUGACGUGUUAAAAAAACUACUUACUAGAUCUCGUUCAAACCAAUUUUCGGUGGAAGUUUGCAUGGCAAUGUAUAUCAUAUAUUUUUUUUUGGAUUUUUCAUUCUGUUAUUUUAGAAGUUACGGGGGGGGGGGACACAUUUUACCACUUUGGAAGUGUCUCUCGCGCAAACUAUUCAGUUUAAAAAAAAAAUGAUAUUAGAAACCUCAAUAUCAUUUUUAAAGACCUAUCCAUAGAUACCCCACACGUAUGGGUUUGAUGAAAAAAGAUUUUUCGAUUUUCAGUUCUAAGUAUGGAGAACCCCCAAAAUUUAUUGUUUUUUUUUUCUAUGUUUGUGUAAAAAUCCAAAUGCGGUUCAUAGAAUACAAUUACUUACCAAGUUUGAACAGUAUAGCUCUUAUAGUUUCGGAAAAAAGUGGCGGUGACAUAAUCGGACAGACAGACGGACAUGACGAAUCUAUAAGGGUUCCGUUUUUUGCCAUUUGGCUACGGAACCCUAAAAAUGCUCUAGAGCAGAUUCGUAUCAUCUUCUGCACAAUUUUAGAACAGCAACGAACCACUUUCAGAGCACUGCAUGAGAAAUGAAAAAAUGUAACUUCUUUUAUUUUGUAUAUUAUAAAUUUAUAACUAAAAUUCACAUCAAGCAAAUACAUGUGAAGUUUUACCGUUUAAUAAAUCGUAUUGGGUUUUCGUAUUUUAACUUGACUUUAUUCCAAAACAGGAGUUAUAAUAUGGGUAAUCGUCUUUAUUUCAAUCCCAUCUCUUCGACAGUUGGUUCUUAGCUUGUUAGCAUGUGUAUUGGUCCAUUAUGUCUUGGAAAAUAAAUUAAAAC